UUGGGGUCAUCUUGCUUUCUCUCUCCUGUCUAAUAAAUAUCUGGAGACAAGGGUAAGCGGGUCAGUUUAACCUAAAUACCAGGAUGCUGUGGACCCUGCUACUAGGCUGGUGUUUAUGCACCCCUACCGUCAUAACCAGCUCCAUAAUAAACCCUGCAGAGAAUUAUAUAAGUGACUUGGAAGACUUGAUGAUAGUACAGGAGAACACGAUCACCAGAACCAAGAGGGAUUCUGAUAGAGGAGUUACUAACCUGGAUAUACGAGCAGCCAUCUUGCAGCUGGUCAACGUUAUUAGAGAUGGAAACAAGAAGGCAGAGAAGGCAGAUUUCGAACAGAACCAGCAAAUAUCCGAGAUCCUUGAGCUUUUAAAAUCAAUGACAGGGUCUAGUGGUGUGGAUAAGAAGAUUGAUAAUAUUUCAACUUUUCUUCUUAGGAUGAAUAACAAGAUAGAUUCAAUUUCUAG